AUGGGCCUCCUCACCGUCGGACGGCCGCUGUCAUGGGACGAGUCGCGGCGGUACCGUGAGUAUGUCCGCCAGCACGGCGUCAUUCAGUUUCUCAAUCUGUACAAGCGACUGAUGGAGGAGCCGCGGGAUGACUGUCUUCUGUGGGGCGAUGAGAUCGAGGGCAUGGUCAUCGAGUUUGACCAUGACGCCCGCAGAGUCCGCCUUGCGCUUGUGGCUGAAGAUGUCAUCGAGGCCGCCAACGCCGAGGCAGAUCCGGCCGAUGCCAUCUUCCAUCCCGAGUACGGAUCGUACAUGGUGGAGACUACCCCGGGUACGCCCUACGCCGCCACCUAUGCCGCUCUGCUCUCGGUCGAGGCCAACAUGGCUGCCCGCCGCGCGCUCGUCGCCAACCAGCUCGCUCCCAACCAGGCGUACUUUACUCUCGGUGGCUUCCCACGCCUCGGCUGUGACGACUUUACCUCGCCGGCCCACGCGCCCGGCGGCCCCAUCGCCAAGUCGCAGUACUCGCCUGACGAGGCCAUCAACUCGCACCCGCGCUUUGGCGCCCUCACCGCCGCCAUCCGCCAACGCCGUGGGCGCAACGUCGACAUCCGCGUCCCGGCCUUUGUCGACGAGGCCUCAGUCGACCCGCCGGUCAUUCACAUGGACUCCAUGCUGUUUGGCAUGGGCCUCUGCUGCGAGCAGGUCACCCUCCAGGCCAUGGACCUCGACGAGGGCCGCGUCAUCCACGACCUCUUUGUCGUCCUCGCCCCGCUCUUUAUGCCGCUCACCGCCUCGACGCCCAUCUACCGUGGCCGCCUCGCCGACGUCGACUGCCGCUGGAACAUCAUCUCGGCCUCGGUCGACGACCGCACAGAAGCCGAGAUGGUGCGGCCCGACGAGGCCGCAGGCCCGGUCGCACGCGACCCGCCGUCGUCCAAGACUACCACCACCACCCACACCACCACUCAGAACGUUGGCGACGCCCUCGUCGUCACCACCACGUCAACGACCACCACCACCACCACCAUCCCGCUCGGCGACGGCGCCACCCGCUCCGAGUCGCAGUUCCUGCCCAAGUCGCGCUACGCUUCGGCCUCGGCCUACGUCUCGCUCAGUGCCCAAGAGUACAACGACAUCGACGCCCCCUUCCACUACCCGGCCUUCCUCACCCUCGUCAACGCCGGCAUCGACAAGCCGCUCGCCCGCCAUGUCGCCGCCCUCUUUGCCCGCGACCCGCUUGUCCUCCUCUCCGGCCUCAUCGAGGAAGUCUCCGACGCCACCUCCACUCUUCAUUUUGAGUGCCUCGCCUCGACAAACUGGGGCUCGGUCCGCCUCAAGCCGCCGCCGCCCGACUCGAACAUCGGUUGGCGCGUCGAGCUCCGCUCCAUGGAGACCGGCAUCACAGACUUUGAGAACGCCGCCUUUGCCGUCUUCACCAUCCUCCUCACCCGCGCCCUCCUCUCAUUCAACGCCAGCAUCACCAUCCCCAUCUCGCUCGUCGACGACAACUUCGACGUCGCCCAGCGCCGCGACGCUGUCCUCAACGAGGCCUUCCACUGGCGCAUCUCCUACGGCGCCGCUGCUGCCGCUGCCCCCGCCUCGGUCGGUAAGGCCUCGCUGGACCACAUCUUCAACUCGGACCUCAUUCCGCUCCUGCAGGCCUACAUCGACCUCGUCGGCGCCCGCGCCGCGGGCUCCCUCGCCACCCCCGCUCACUGGAUCCGCAACUUUGUCACCUCUCACCCCGACUACGCCAAGGACGGCCGCGUCACAGACUCGAUCCAGUACGACCUCCUCACCGCCGUCACGCACAUUGCCGACGGCUCCCGCCACGAGCCCUCGCUCUACGGCGAUCUCCGCGCCGCUACCGCUGCUGCCUCUCAGUAACAUCUCGCAAUGCGUGCG